CUGGAACUGAGAGCUCCAGAGAAGCAGUGGUGAUAAAAAGAGGCUUUCAAGAGAAAGCUAGGGAGCCAACAACGCCCUCGCCACCGAAUUGCAAGUCUAUAGAUUCUCAAUAGUCCAGGUUAAUAGCUGAGAGGAGCAGUUUGAGACUGAAUUGAAAUAUUUCCGCGUAAAGACGUUUGGCUAGGGAGCCAUGGAGCCGGGAGAAGGAAGCCCUCAGCAGAUAAGGCAAGCGCUGCUUUUCUUUGUUUUCCUGGGAGGGUCUUUGGUGUGUUCAGAGACCUGGCGCUAUUCUGUGGCAGAGGAAACGGAGAUCGGCUCUUUUAUAGGCAACGUGGUGAAAGACAUAGGUUUGGGCGUGGAAGACCUGGCUGCGCGGGGGGCCAGAGUCAUCUUUGAUGACUAUAAACCAUACCUGCAGUUGGAUCGGCAGACUGGCAACUUGAUCUUAAAUGAGAAACUGGACCGGGAGGCGCUUUGCGAUCUCACCGAGCCAUGCAUAUUAAAUUUCCAGGUAUUAUUUGAAAAUCCUUUGCAAUUUUUUCGAGCUGAGCUUAGGGUCAAAGACAUAAAUGAUCACACUCCCACGUUUCUAGACAAACAUAUACUUCUGAAAAUCUCAGAAAGUACUACUCCAGGAACGUCAUUCCAAAUGGAUAGCGCUCAGGACUUGGAUGUAGGAAAGAAUGCUGUUCAAAACUACACAUUAAGCCCCAAUCCUCAUUUCCACCUUAAACUGCAAGACAGUGAGGAGGGUAGAAAAUACCCAGAGCUGUUGCUGGACCAACCUCUGGAUCGAGAAAAGGAGCCUGAACUUAGAUUAACACUAACAGCCCUGGAUGGUGGGUCUCCGCCCAGGUCUGCAACUGCACUGGUGCGUGUGUUGGUCUCAGAUAUCAAUGACAAUGCCCCAGAGUUUGAGAGGUCCGUCUAUGAGGUUUUGGUACCAGAAAACAGCCCUCUGGACUCCUUGGUCGUCAAAGUGUCUGCUACAGAUUUAGAUGCAGGACUAAAUGGAGAACUAUCUUAUUCAUUUUCCCACGUCUCCAGAGACAUACGGAAAACAUUUGAAAUCCAUCCCAUUUCUGGCGAAGUCCGUUUAAAAGCACUUCUGGAUUUCGAGUUAAUUAAGUCUUAUACAAUAAAUAUUCAGGCCAUUGACGGUGGGAGCCUUUCAGGAAAAUCAGCAAUUUUAGUUAGUGUUGUAGAUGUGAAUGACAACCCACCAGAAAUAGUCAUAACAUCUCUUACCAGCCCCAUACCAGAAAAUUCGUCACCUGAAAUGGUAGUCGCUGUUUUUAGCCUACGAGACCAAGACUCAGGGGACAAUGGGAGGAUGGUUUGCUCAAUUCAGGACAAUCUCCCCUUUCUCUUGAAGCCUACCUUCAAAAAUUUCUACACCCUGGUAACAGAGAGCCCUCUGGACAGAGAGAAAAGAGCCGAGUACAACAUCACCAUCACCGUCACAGAUAUGGGAACCCCCAGGCUGAAAACCGAGCACAACACAACCGUGCUGGUGUCCGACGUCAACGACAACGCCCCCGCCUUCACCCAGACCUCCUACACCCUGUCCGUCCGCGAGAACAACAGCCCCGCCCUGCACAUCGGCACCGUCCGCGCCACAGACAGAGACGCGGGCGCCAACGCCCAGGUCACCUACUCGCUGCUGCCGCCCCUCGACGCGCACGUGCCCCUGGCCUCCCUGGUGUCCAUCAACCCGGACAACGGCCACCUGUUCGCCCUGAGGUCCCUGGACUACGAGGCCCUGCGGGCGUUCGAGUUCCGCGUGGGCGCCGCCGACCGCGGCUCGCCCGCGCUCAGCAGCCAGGCGCUGGUGCGCGUGCUCGUGGCGGACGACAACGACAACGCGCCCUUCGUGCUGUACCCGCUGCAGAACGCCUCGGCGCCCUGCACCGAGCUGGUGCCCAGGGCGGCCGAGGCGGGCUACCUGGUGACCAAGGUGGUGGCGGUGGACGGCGACUCGGGCCAGAACGCCUGGCUGUCGUUCCAGCUGCUCAAGGCCACGGAGCCCGGGCUGUUCGGCGUGUGGGCGCACAACGGCGAGGUGCGCACGGCCCGGCUGCUGAGCGAGCGCGACGCGGCCAAGCACAGGCUGGUGGUGCUGGUCAAGGACAACGGCGAGCCGCCGCUGUCGGCCAGCGUCACGCUGCACGUGCUGCUGGUGGACGGCUUCUCGCAGCCCUACCUGCCGGCCCCGGCAGCGGAAGCGGCGGACGCGGCGCCGGCCGCCCCGCUCACCGUCUACCUGGUGGUCGCCUUGGCGUCGGUGUCGUCGCUCUUCCUCUUCUCGGUGCUGGUGUUCGUCGCGGUGCGGCUGUGCAGGCGGGGCGGGGCGGCCUCGGUGGGUCGCUGCUCGGUGCCCGAGGGCCCCUUUCCAGGCCACCUGGUGGACGUCAGCGGCACGGGGACCCUGUCCCAGAGCUACCAGUACGAGGUGUGUCUGAAGGGGGGCUCUGGGACCAGCGAGUUCAAGUUUCUGAAGUCUGUUGCCUCCAAUCAUCAGGAGUCUGUAAAUGAUGUAGAGGAAAACUCAAACUUUAUAAAUGGUUUUGGAUUCAAUUAGGAAUUUUUUGGUUUUUCAGAGCAUUCGGGAUGAAAAUUAGUUUUCCCUAAAUAUACUGUUUCCAUUAGCUUUUUGGGCCAUAUAGAAUUUCUUGAUUUUUUUUUCUGAUUUCAUUUUGCUAGUUAAGGAGAUUAGAAAUUUUAUUUGAGAAUAUACUCAUACUUACUCUAUUAUUUCUAUUUUGAUGGAGACAAAGAACUUUCAAUUUUACUUCAGUAUUGAAAAGUCAUGAAUAUUUGUUAGUUUUUCAACUUUUCAUCAUCAAGCACUAUUGAUUUGAAGAUGAUCCCAAACCCAUUCUCUGACUGUUGUCCAGAAACUUUUUCUAAAUUUUUGAUGUUGUCGUUACUUAGGAGAUGAGCAUGAUACAAAUAUAGUGAAUUUUUAGUAAAUCUUCUGUUUAAUAUGAUAUUAUGCCUCCUUGUCUUAGACUUUUAAAUGGAGAAAUAUCUGAAAAAAUGGCAUGUUUUUGUUUCACAGUAGUAUUAAGUGGAAAAGACUGCAAUUUAUCCUAUACUUAAAGGUGUUUUCUUAUCAGCCUGCAGUA